AUGGCAUACUUACUCCUCCCCUCGGAUACAACGACUGAGUCAGUCCAGGAAACACAUACACCCCAAACUAUUCCUAUUCGGUUUGCUGGAACGACAAGUGGAGAUAUGGCGUACAACUACAACCCCAUCGAACAUAGCAGCGAGGAAAGCGAGACUAGGAGAUCUGGUGGAAUCAUAUAUGCAGACCUGUACGAGCCCUAUGAAGUGGAAGCUGCGGUGCCUACGCCUUUGGUGUGGGAGAAACAGGCCCGCGCCCCAGCUGCUCAAGCUCUACCUUCAAGACCAACGGAAGCUCAUAUCCGCCGUUCUUACAGCGAUCCUUCUCCAUAUCGGGGUGCUAGGGUUCAACAGCAUCGUGGUAGUGGUGGUGUUGCAUCCUCAUCUACAGGACGAGUCACCCGUCAAUCACAAUCACUCCAAGCACGACCACAACCACUUCCCCAUGACGAGCCAACCCCCCAAGCUCCUUCACUAUUAACAUAUCACACACCACAAAACCUUGACUGGCAUGACACUACACGUCGUCCCAACCCUCGCCCUCAACUCCAUCUCUCACACAUCCCAACACGCGACUACGAACGCCCUUCCUAUGGCCCUCUGUGCUCCCCUCUCACACACAACGAAAAUUUUUUUGACGACACGAUCUUCACACCCUUUACCGCAGACUCCGCUGUGAGCCUCCGCCCUACCCGCCGCCGUGCUUCCGACGCUGGUGCCCGUCAGAACCGCAUCUCACUUGCGCCUUUGGAGGCGCAGUAUAUGCGACGUGAUAUACAGGGGUUUAGGGUACUUUCUACGACGUUGGGUCGUCUUAAGCACAUGGGUAGGGUGGUUGCUGAGGGUUUUUGGAAGGAUCGGCCUUGA